AUGGAGAAAGCCUUCACAUUUUAUCUCUUAACACUCUUGUUGCUUAUGGCUAGUUCAGCCAUGACCCAAACCAACAUUACCACUGAUCAAUUAGCUCUUCUAUCCUUAAAAUCAAAAAUUAUUUCCGACCCUUCUCACUUCUUGGAUGAAAAGUGGUCUCCCACUGUUUCUGUUUGUCAUUGGGUUGGAGUCACUUGUGGCUCUCGUCACCAACGUGUGAAUUCGUUGAAUCUUUCUAACAUGGCUCUUACAGGCAAGAUUCCCCGUGAAUUUGGAAACCUCUCAUUUCUUGUUUCUCUUGACUUGGGAAGUAACAAUUUCCAAGGAAAUUUGCCUCAAGAAAUGGCACGCUUGCAUCGGCUUAAGUUUCUUCGGUUAAGUGUCAACAACUUCUGCGGAAAGGUUCCUUCUUGGUUUGGGUUUUUACACCAACUUCAAGUUCUAAAUCUUGGGAAUAAUAGUUUCACCGGUUCCAUCCCUUCUUCAUUUUCUAAUAUUUCCAAACUUGAGACUUUGAAUCUGAAAUUCAAUUCCAUAGAGGGACAAAUACCAAAAGUGAUUGGAACUCUUGUAAACCAUAGAGUAUUAAACAUGGCGG